UAUAAGAGCAGCUCACUGAGUCCUGCAGCCCGUCACUCUUCACUGCUCCUCUGUCAGGUACAACUGGACGGCUUGUCUCUCUAGGCGGGGCUUAAAGUUUGGGGACUUUGUUCGAAAAAGUCCAUCCAGUUUUCUGACUGUUGAGGCAGCAGCCACCGUCUAUCUCUCUCUGUCUCUCUCUGGGACCUGAACUUCCAGGACUAACGGGGACAUCUGUCCCGCCGUGCAGCCAGCAGCAUGAUGUGCCUGUUCAAGUCUCUGUGUGCGGUCAUUACCAGAGCCCUGUUCCUCCUCAUCUCUCUCAUCAGCGUCUGGAGGGUCACAAAGGUGAAGAAAGAUUACAACUACUGGUUCCUCACUUUCCUCUUUCUGCCGCUGCUCGUUGAGAUGAUAAUAACGCUGAAGAGUCGGAUGGGAAAAGAUUACAAAUGGUUUUCUCCUCCUAUCUUUCUGUUUCUCAUCAGUAUUAUUCCCUCCAUCUGGAUCCUGGAGCUCCACUACCAGCAGGAAAAAGCCAACCGCCCCAAGUGCAAAACUCUGGACUCGUGGGAGAAUGUGCGUAAGGUGAUCACUCUGAACGAGACCCUGGGAAACCUCACAUACCAGAGCUAUCUGAAGGCGUUAUCAACUGUCUGCUCCAACGACUGGAUCCUGGCUCUCCAUCAGAUCCUGCUCAUCCUCCUCAUCGUGGGGAAGUGGCUCCUCCCGCUGGGAGGCGGAGUCACGCGGGACGAGCUCUCGCAGCUUCUCCUGAUUUUUGUCGGCACCGCAGCAGACAUCCUUGAAUUUACUAGUGAGACGCUGUCAGAUGUCAAAGAGAACAGCCCUCAGCUGGUCUACAUCAUCUUAGCUGUAUGGACGUGGAGCAUGCUGCAGUUCCCUCUACAUCUGUCCGUGGUGAACUCCAAGCCAGACAGUGAGGGUGAGCAGAGGGUCCAGGAGGCGUCCGUCUUAACUAAACACAGCACAGACAUAUGGAGCGUCGUGGAGGCCUUGUUCAUCCAUGACGGGCCUUUCCUGGUGGUCAGGCUCACCGUCAUGACCUACUUCGACGUCUUCCACCAGAUGCUGGUGUUCUUCGCCAUCAAGAACUUCCUGGUGGUCAUACUGAACUUGUACAGGUUGGUUGUUAUAUGCCAGGACUACCGCAGUAGAGACAACCGGGGCAGCGCUAUCCCAUGUGUCUGAGGAGUCAUCUCACAGGGGGGGAAUCAGGGAGACGGAGAGAUGUUACAUCCAAAGUUUUACAGUUACAGUGGAGCAGGAAAAGAAGCUUGCUUUCUGUUUUCUUCUCCAAUGUACUUAAAGUCGAGAUGAAAUGAAAAAAUGCCUUUUUAACCCUUUUAGAUCA